UCCUGUGGUUGUAGCUUCAGAGCCUUCGAAGACUCUCAGCAGCUGGAACGACUGCACGGUCUGAUCAACAACACGAGGAGAGAAAUCAGAGCUGCCUCACAGUGUGUUUCUGUUCUCCAGUCUCUCAAUCAUCAUGGGAGCCAACGAGCCAGUACCUCCACCUCCCACCCGGCCCCAGAGUCCCUUCUACAGCAUCAAGUUCUUCGUCCUGUGCCACAGCCUCCUCAGCCUAUCUCAGCUCUUGGUGUCGGGCUACAUGAAGAGCUCCAUCUCCACCAUCGAGAGACGUUACGGCCUCUCCAGCCAGAAGUCAGGACUACUGGCUGCUUUCAACGAGCCGGGGAACACGGUGCUCAUCGUAUUUGUGAGCUUCUUCGGGAGUCGAGUCCACCGGCCGCUGUUUAUUGGGGGCGGGGCUCUGCUGGCCUGCAUGGCCUCGCUGCUGAUGGCGACGCCGCACUUCCUGAGUGGACUGUACGAAUACACGGACCAAAUCAGCUUGUCCGGUGAUAACAGCUCUGGCCUCUGCCAAUCAGAGAGCACCUUCCUCACUUCAUCGUCCAAUCAGAGCUGCAGCCAGCAGGAGAGCCCCGCCCAGAAGGUGGUGUAUCCUUUGCUAAUGCUGGGUCAGCUGCUGCUGGGGAUCGGAGCCGUUCCCAUCCAGCCGUUCGGCAUCUCAUACAUCGACGACUACGCCAGCAAGAAGAACUCGCCGCUCUACCUCGGCAUCCUCCUGGCAGUAACCUCCAUCGGCCCCGCCUUCGGCUUCAUCACGGGCUCCAUCAUGCUGGGUUUUUAUGUCGACUUCAACAAGUUAUCCAAAGACCAGAUCAAUCUGAACCACAAGGACCUGCGCUGGGUGGGCGCCUGGUGGCUCGGCUUCCUGGUGGCGUCCUGCCUCCUCUUCCUCACCGCGCUGCCUUACCUCUUCUUCCCCAGAAUCAUGCCCAAAGAGGACGGUGCAGACGAUGACGAGUCCACGACAGAGAGCAAGCAGCAGCAGAAAAGGCCGCUCCAGGAACUCUCCCUCCUUCAGUUCCUUAAAAGUUUUCCCCGCAUCACUCUGAGAACCCUCAGGAGUCCCAUCUACCUGCUGGUGGUUCUGGCGCAGGUCAACCUGGCGGCGCUGCUGGCCGGCCUCGCCACCUUCAUGGCCAAAUUCAUCGAGAGACAGUUCAGCCAGACGGUGUCUUUCUCCACCAUGAUGAUCGGUGGAGUGUGUAUCCCCCUGGCCGUCCUGGGUACCGUCCUGGGUGGAGCUCUGAUGCGGAGGUUGAAUCUGUCUGUCAGGAGUGCCAGUAAGCUGUGCACCGCUGCCAUCCUGCUGGGCUUACUCUGCGCUUCACCGCUGCUGCUGAUUGGCUGUUCGACACAGAAGGUCGCCGGGGUGUUUCCUCCAAGCAGCGAUGCGUUGUCCUGCAGCGCUGGGUGUCAGUGUUCUCAGGAGGCCUUUAACCCGGUCUGUGGUUCAGACGGCGUUGAGUUCAGGUCUCCCUGCCACGCUGGCUGUGUUACUAUGGAGACGGAUGUCAGCAACAAAGCCAUCAACUACACGGGGUGUCGGUGCGUCGGUGGUCUCGGCUUUGCCUCUCCUGGUACCUGUGGCAGCGGCUGCUCCCACCUCCUCCUCCCCUUCAUGGUUCUGAUCGGCCUCACCGCCUUCAUCGCCUCUUUCUCUCAGACGCCCUCCUACAUGAUGAUCCUCAGGACGGUGCCCGCUGAGGACAAAUCCUUCGCCGUGGGAGUUCAGUACAUGCUGUUCAGAGUGCUCGCCUUCAUGCCCGGCCCCGUGCUCUACGGCAGCGUCAUCGACACCACCUGCCUCCUGUGGGGUAAAAAGUGUGGCAAGCAGACUUCCUGUCUUUACUACAACCUGGACCGCUUCAGACAGAGGUUUCUGGGUCUGAUGGUGGUCUUCGUGUGUGGGGGGCUGCUCUGCUUCCUGCUGACUAUGGUGGUCCUGCGAAAGAGGAGGGGCGGAGGUCAGGACCCCGAGCCGGGCUGUAAGGGCGGCUAUGAGCUGGUGAACGGGGAGAAAACGCCGGAAAACUCUAAAGAAACCAAAGCGAAGGGGAUGAAAACCUGAAGAAGGACCGCAGGAGGAUGCAGAGACCGAUGGACAGAUGCUGGGCUGACAGUUUUUCUCCUGCUUUACAUUUAAAGGAGCAGUCCACCUGAAAAUCACACUCACAUUCCAUAUGAACUUUUGAUUCUAAAUCCAACAUUCCACCUGCUCAGACAACAUUUCUACACGUGGGAGAAGGACUAAAGAAAGUGUAGAAAUGUUCACUUUCAAGUAAAAGAGCAAACACGAUAGAUUUAAAAUCUUUUAGAGGACCAAAAGGGAAAGAAGUCGCUGCACGCACCAGAGCACAUAAAAAUACUGGGUUACAAGCUUUGAGAUAUUCUUCAGAUAAAAAUGAAGUUCACUAAUCAAUAUUGGAAGCUAAGCCUUAAUAACAGCAGAAUAUCUUCAUUAUUGAUCAGCUGCAUUGGUACAGCUGUGAAUGAAAGCUCUAAAACAUCCUGGCUAUAGGUUUAUAAUCAAAGCAUCACUGGACGUUUCUAAACUAACUGCUUUUCUUUGAUUCGUCUGCCUCCUUGGUCCAUGUAAACUCACCGUUUAACCCCCACACUGGAAACAUGAGCAGCAGAAAACAGAAACUACUCUCAGUCUCAGGGGUCGUAGGUGUAACGGGCAUAAAUACGUCCAAAAGGCUCAUUGUCCUUGGAGAGUAGCUUCUUUCACGCUAUGCUCAGGCCUGCAGGAGAACUGAUCGAGGAUCCAGAUGUGAGGGCCGGUUUUAGUGAUUUGGAGGACCAGUGCAGAAACAAACAGGUUCAUUCAGCUUAAAGAAACCACAGUGACAGAACAAAAUACUUCUAACAAUCGUACAGAUCCAGAGAUCUAGAGCAGGGGUUCUCAACCUUGGGUUGGGACCCCCGUAGGGGUCGUAAGACACUAACAGGGGUCUCCAGAUGCCCUAAACAAAACUAAGAAUAUUUUAAAAAUUACACUGUUGCCACUUCACACCAAUUUUAUCAUUUUUUAACACCUGUUCAUCAUUUUUUUUUCCAGCCAAUUUUAACAC